GGGAUGAUAAAAUCUAAAAAUAUUAGUAUGUUGUGGAAAUAUGUUCUUCAGAAUUAAUCUGUACAGUCCCUUGCUUUAGAAAUAUUGGUGACUUGAGCCCCAAUUGAGAGUAAGGAAAACUACCCCCUGUGAGCUCAUAUUCCUUGAUACAAACCCAUGACUAUUCUUCAAUUUCCCGGGGCUCCAAACAAAAAUUCCCCUACAUGAAGCAAUAGUUCCCUAUCUGUUCAUUACCUUGUUCCACAAUUGGCUGGUGCGCACGCUUACUCGCGAGUGUGUAUGCAACGAGUGGUGUAAUUCACUGAUAAUAGUUUCAUUCUAUGUUUACACAACUCUGCACUGGUGAAUAUAAUGGCAGCUCGGGCUUGUAUGCUCUUUCAUGAUCAUUACAAGCUCACCGUGUAUAUGUCCAAACAGGAAUCAACUUCCCCGAUUAUUCUACCUGCAUGUUCUCUCUUGUUCACUCAUCGGGUACUUUUCCCUCUCUCCUUCUCUCCCUUUGCGCAAGUGUCCGUAUAAUUUCCCUGUGAGUAGGAUGAACUUGCUUUUGUUCAGGCUAACUUCUGAUUUCAUUUGCCGUUCCAACUCUUGUGUCUACCGGACGUCACAUUUGUAGCAGGGAAUACUCUCUGUCAUAAAACUCAGGAUUUACAUUAAAUUUUUGGAAGGAUACAAAGUCAUUUUUGGCUCAACUUUGCAUUGUUUUUUUAUCAAGUGGUUACUACAAAACUGAUCAAUGCCUGGGCUGGUAGGGACCGGCACCAAGAGGAAGCGGGAUGAUGGUGAGGAUGGUUUGGAAGGGAGCCAUCGCUUGGCAACCUGUUCACAGGUUUGCUCCUACACCUUGCAGCGUCAGUGUGUGCUCAACCUCUCUGCUUGCAAACUACAGAUGACACGCCAGCAGAUUGAACCACCUUUACGCCGCUCCGUGCUCAUAUGCAACACGCUGCGGCACAUUGAGCGUGAGCUACGAGCAGAGGGUCGCCACUAUGACUGCUCAAGAGUGUCUAUGCUGAUCUCUAACCAACCACCCUGCAUAGACGCACCCAACAAGGAGAGCAUUCCAUCCAGCCAUGAAACCAGUAAUAAUUCUAGUCCUAGUCCAGCAGACUCUAGAGGAUGUUUAAAUGAGAGAAGUCGAGUAGCCAGUAGCGAGAACACGUGCCCUGCUGUGCAGAGGUGUGCGCAACCUCUGGCAGACAAAAGUUCUUUGUCGUUGAGCGACAGUAGACUGCAAGCAGACAGUGUAGAAACAGCGAAAACAGUUACAAGCCAUGAAAAUAACAAUUGCCUCCCAUCCAUUGCCAAUAAAACCACUAUGCCAAGCCACCUAGAUACAGCUCUUCAACACACAAAUAUGUUGACAAGACUGACAGACAAACUCUUACCUAUCUCAAGAGAUAAUAUCAAACAGGAAAUCAACUCUUGCUUGGACAUGACUGCGACUCCUACUCUGAAUGCUGCCAGUACAGACAUCAUGGAGUUUGGUGAUGAGAUCUUUGGAGACAUUGAUGUCUCUCUGUAUGACUUUGAUCUAGCCCCUCCAUUCAUUCCAACCCAUACACCCAACCCUAACCCCAAGCCCCCAUCACCAUCCUCCAACUCAGAGGACUGGAUCAGGUCUUUCCAGGGGGACAUGGUUGCAGGGUUAGACGUCGUCUCCUCAACCACUGGGGCUCAGGGUGGUAGCUGCCGCAGUGACCUCAUGCAUGUAGAUGAACUGGAUCAAAUUAUGCACAUACUGGUCGAUGUCGGCAUGUGAAUUCACCAGAGUAUUUUUAUAUAUUUUAUAUAAGUUAUGCAGAACUUUUUUACUGAAAAAUAUUGUAAGAAUAGAAGUAAUAUAAAAGUGAGCACUUAUUUCAGUUGUCAGAGAAAAGGGGAAGUUAUAAAUAGAGCAGCUGGAACAAAGACAAGACAUGACAGAAUGGAAUGCAACUCAGGUUUUUUAAAGUGUUAAUUAGAUAUUUAUGUGACAGAAGCUGUCUUCCUGUAAUAGAUAUAUUUGUAAAGAAAGAAAAGCGAAUUAGGAAUACAUGAAAUAGAAAGUUUAUUAGAUAUAAUAAUGUGGAGUUUGAGGUAAAUUUUUAUGAAGUAGACCCUGUUAUCUGUGCAUAUACUUUGGCUUUUGGAAGUUCUUUGUUUGGUAUCACACACACGCACGCAGAAUGAAUGGCAUUGAAAGCAUUCAUAAUAGAAGCCUAGAAGGUAACUAGUCCAACCUAGUCAAGGACAUUGAGUCUUUCUCUAAACUCACCUUCUUUGUCUCUUCCAUGAUUCAACAAGGCCAAUUUGUUUUGCCUCGCCCUCAACGUAGAUGAUUCCUUUCAAUUCUCUCCCUUUUGGGUUUUGGGUUCAGUGAAGAGAGAAAAUGUUGACAAGAAAUAUUCAAUUUUCUGUAAUUUUAUUUAGCCUUUGUACAAAAUACAGUGUUUCGCCCAAGCAUUAUGUCUAGUUCAAACAAAUACAAAAUGGAUCUUCUCUAAUAUAUUUUAUUUUCCAAAAUCAAAAUCAGUAUUAAAGAGAAGAUAUCAUUUUUUUUCAAGGUGUUUGGAUUCUAAAUUGAUCUGAUUUUUUCACACAUCCACUGUAUUUCUGCACUUGUAGCAAGCUAGGAAAUUUGUAAGCAGGUCAUAAGUUCUCCUCUACAAAAUGUCUUCCUGUUCUGUGCUCAAGAAUUUGUCUGUACGGAUGUAAAGCCUACCGAGCUAUCUUCGGCAAAUUCAUCAAUAAUUCAUGAAAGAUCUCUAGGGUUCCACGCUCCUGCGAGCUGGCUCUCCCUGUCUCUCUCUCUCUCUCUCUCCUUGCUCAUGGCGGUUGCUCUACAUAAUGGGCGUUAUGAUACAGGAGCUUUGCUUGGCUUCAGUCUAUGUUAAACGCUGAGGCAUAGUAAAAUCUCUAGUUAAGUAGCAGGCUAAUGGAGUACAUCCUGUGUUGUAUAACAGGAGCCAUUCAUGUGCAUGGUCGUCUGUCCAAUCACCGUUAUCUGAAGACAACCUGAAAAUCAUAUCUUAAUUAGUCUCAUUGUAGUGAUAAGUACAUUCUCUUACAGUAGAUCUGAAGAUUUAUACGCCUAGAUGUACCUGCCUUUGUGGCCCCUUAACAAAUAAUGUUGUAGAAUGUAUAUCUAAAAUGGAGCUAAGACAAUUCCUAUUCAUCAGCGUUUACCUAGUAAGGUGUUUCAUAUACAAUACAUGGAUGAUCCAAUCCACAAGUAAUUCAAACAAAAAAUUUGAUUAAUAGAUUGUCACAUGCAAAGGUGAAAAAGAAAUGAGAGCACAUUAUUGACCUUGUGACUAGGGAUUGUGAUUGUAAAUAAAUGUUGCCUGUCAUGGCCUCUUGUAGUAGUGCAAGUACUUCUAUCCAUGUGAUAUGCCUGGUACAGUCUAACUAACAAGAGGCCUAGCCAAGCAACCAUUUGAGGAAGUCAUAUGACCUAUUUCCAGAGCAACCUGUAGCAUGUCUAACCCCACUUUGGGGCCACUGUGUUGUAGUUUGGAUUUUUAAAGCUUGAAAAUAGUUUUGACAGCAAACUUACUGGCAGCUUAACUUACUUGCAGCAUAGACCAUGUCUGGCUUUUUAUGGAUGCACACCUAAUUUCAAGAAAGCUCAGUGACAAUAUUUAUAUAUUUCCAAGUUCAGGGAUUAUAAUGCACUUGUAUGAUAGCUUCAACACUUGUGCAUUAUAUUGAAUAGAACAUGGAAGUCAAGCUUCCCUGGGUCUUUCAGACUAAUCAAGUUCAGCCAAAUGGUAACCCUGUAUGUAACAGAGACCCGAGUGAGCAAACUACCUGGGAUCCAUUUUGCAUCCUUGUUUUUUUUUUUCUUUCUUAAUUUACAUUGGACAGGGAAAGAGAGGGGGAAAAGGUUUUUUAUUUUUUUAAUUCCUGAUUUGAUAUAGCAUAGCCCAAGUUGAGCCAUUUACUUUUUACCUGGGCUUUAUUUAGGCAUUAAUAUAUAUGAGAUAGGAUAUGAACCUGAUCUAUUUCAGAGGAAAUGUAUUCAAUGAAUAAGAUCUUUGUAUUCAGAGGUAGAGACUUGUGUCUCAGCUUAACAGACAUGUGUGUGUGAAAUUAUAUUAUAAAAAUCCUCUGACAAUAACUAGGAAUUUUAGAUAGAUUUGGGGAUUCAGCGUAUAAAUUGAUGUAAAGCUUAUGUAACGUAUGGCAGAUUAGGUCAAUCUUAAUUGGAUAGGACGUAAAGAUGUUUGGUCUGACAACUGGAAUCGGUGCUCACAUUGUUGUAUAUUUAUGUACAGUAAUAAUGUUACAGAAGAUUUUCUAUGAAAAACAUAUUUGGGCUUCUUUGAAUACGAGAGCCAAGAUUUUAUAUCAGAUGUUUUAUGAGAGUAAAUGAAGUAUUUAAUUAGGUAAUUUAUGAUACAUCAUCUCUUUGUAGGAUAACCAGUCUUACUGUAGAAGUUCAUUUUUAUACAAAAAUGAUAUGACAUUUACAAGAAAAAGAAAAAGAAAAAGAAAUACAGCUGACUCUAUGAUAGAGUCUUAUUUUAUAUUUAUUCCAAUUGUGAAUGUGGUCUUCGUCUAUUUUGUUCCAAUGCAUCUAGAAUUCAAACAAAUUGAAAAGCAGUUCCAUCUGUAAUACUUAGAUCAAAGUGUAAUUACAGGUUGAAUGCAGGUAUUGGUAUACUCGGCAGUAUUGUGGCUGAAACCUUAUAAUUACCUGCCUUAGUUCAGAGCUCUUCAGAACUUAGAGAAUCUGAUGAGAUACCCUUACACUUCACAUUCUAAGUUAACGUUUAGAGCAUUACCAAAUUUAGUUUUAAAAUAUCUGUGUCAAAAUUCUGAAAUAAAUUGUAGUUUGGACCCGAUUCUGAAGUACAGCAGACUUGCAGGAGUGUCAGUAUAAUGUCAAGUGCAAUUACUGUUGAGUUAAAGUUCUAGGUCCUGUAUGACUGCAUGUAUUUACAAGUAGAUGAUAUUAUUAGUAAGACAACAUUCACAAGUACCACCACUGGAAGAAACAUUGUGCUAAGAGUGCUACUGCAAGAUUUCAUUUGCAGCAAUGUUAAAAAAAUACAGUAUCCAGUCUUUUAUCCAGUAUUUGUGCUUCCUUUGAAUUGAGAUGAAAGAAAACAUGUUUUUAAGAUUGAAACCUUGCCCAUUUUGUGUGUAAAAACUAAGCAUUUUCUGAGUAAAGAAAAUCAGCAUUUAUAUGUCCAUAAUAGUAUAAUGGCUCUCAAUCAACUCUUUCCAGUUCUGGACUUCUCAGACUGUAUGUCAAAUAAUUUAAGGCUAGUGUAAAAUAACUUAUUGAAAUGUCAGUUUCAGCUUCUAAAUUAAUUACUCCCUUCCAAUUUUGUGUCAUUGUAGUGGUACAUCUCCAAAUUCUCUGCUGCAAUUCUACCUUUUUAAUUUAAUGUUAAUCAAUUGAUGAAUGUUGAUAAUUUGUCAUUUUGUGAGUUUUAUGGUACUGUUUAUUUUCUCUUCCUGAUAAUCAUGUGAUGUGUUUGGUAUCGUACUUUAACUGUCUGAUCUGUCUUGUUAGACGUGAUGUCUGUCUUAGAGUGUCCCAAACUCGCAUGUGAAUGUAACCCAUCCAAAGUCUAGUACCUCUUCCAAUGUAUUGGUCAUUUGGUGUCCCUUACAGCAUACGUCACCAACUGCUCAAGAUUUCUGAACAUGAAUUGACAUCAAAUAUGUCUUUAUUCUUCAUACAUUUGAUCUGAUCAAAGUUCUGCUUGGGCUAUAUCUUAAGACAAUGAUCAUAUACUUUAAUCUUAGAUGUGGUCUGUGACGUAUUGGACAAAAUAACGUGGACUUGCCCAGAAAUGUAUUUUGGAAGUCCAGUUUUUUUUUUUAUUGAUGAAGAUUAGUUUCUCCCAAGGUGGAGGAAAGAACUGUAUUUCAAAUGUGCUGUAAUUAUUAGUGAAUACUUGUUUUCUUUUUAAUGCAAUACUACGUUUCUCAUUUGAAGGUAGUCGAGGUACAUUCAAAUUGUAGUUAAUGUCAACAAAAGGUUUUUAUUAUUAGAUCUAGUCCCUUUUUUAUUGCUUUGAAUUAAGAAAUGAUUCUCAAUUUGCUGCAAAGUAUGUGUGUAAAUGCCAACACCACUUUGCAUUGGUAGGACUGCAAAGUACUAAGAUGUGCAAAGUAAGGUCUAAUAUGGCACAAAGAUGGUGCUUAUUGUAACUGAAUUAUAUUGGUACACUCUUAGAAUGUGUGCACGUACCAUAUAUGUCAUUGUUACAUGUACUUCAUACCGUGUUUAAAUAGAAGAAGAGAGAGAGUUGUGCUUUGUGAGUCAAAGAAACUUCAGCCAAGUGAAUGUAUUUUGAUACUUAUCCUUCCUAAUCGUGAGUCAGUAUUUUCCUUUAACCUGAAAUACUUGUGAAUGGCAAGAGACUAUGAGACCACACGUGACAGACUAUGUAUUACUUGCCUAAAGUGUAGGCCUUUUUGAUAUGAAGACUUUUUUUUAAGCGGACAGAAUAAUAAUAAACAUAUCCCCGUUUACAUGUGGUCAGUGCCAUUUCCAUAAGAGAGCAAAUGAGUCAAAAGAUGCCUGCAUUUGCUGAAUUGCCUUUUUUGUACACAUUUCAAUAUGCUGCGAACCAUUUGUCAUGUAAUCCAUACUUUGUAUCCCAAAGAAAGACGUCAUUCAAAAUCCAUUUUGUUAGCUAAUUUUUGAACAACUCUUGCCUUACAACUAGUUUAUAACACCAAUUAAUUCCCAACAAUAAAAAUUUAAAAAAGAAUGUUUUUAUUAUUCCAUUUAUAUCCUGAAUUUUUGAAAAUAUGCAAAUUCCAUCUAAAUGCAAGGUAAAUGGUUCAAAUGCAACCUUAUGUAAUGAAAGCUAGGAUUAGAACAAAGAUGAAUUUCUUUUAUUCUCCAGAUAUUGCUGCUUGCAUGAUUUACCUCUGUUCAAUUAAGAUGCAACUUGCCAUGAGAUGAACAAAAUUAUAAUAUCCACCAUUUUGUUUUUUAGUCAUCCGAAAAGAAAUUUAAAAAUCACCAAAAAGAGAUGCAUUCCCCAGUAUAUUAAGGUGUACGUAAUUGUGCUAAUUUGAAUGUUGAUUUUGUCAUAUUGUUGAUCAAUAAGAUAUUUCUAUUUAUUUAAUUUAAACUCAAUUGAAGUAAGAUGUGAUCAAGUGUGCUUGGUGAUGCCAUUGUUUCUCACAGCCACAUUAAUUUAUUAUUCAUUUCUACAGAUUGGAAAUAGAGAGAAGCCUUGGUCAUAUGUUUUCUUGAGAUGUUUGUAUAUAUUAUGUUUGUACAUUCUGUAAAUUCAAAGAUUUCUCUAUUUCAUUCUGUUCUCUAUCAUCUCUAUACAGUAGUUAUAUUUGUAUCUAAUUUAUUUUGAAUGUUGAUGUAAUAAUGGUCUGGUAUGGAGUCAGCAAAUACAUACUCUGCUAAAACUGUAAGACAUUUUUGUUUUGUACUUCUUUAUUAUGUUGUCAGAAGGCAAAUCAAUUUAAAAUAAUUAUCUUGGGGGAUAAGAAAGAUUUAUAGAGUUUCUUCAUUUCAUUACUGGAACGCAAAACUCAAGAGUAAAGCAUUUAUAAUGAAGAACGUUUUUAUAUCAGCAUUACUUUUUAUAACGAAAAAGGGUUAGCUUCUUGUUCUAACAAGAAUACAUUAGGUUGUCUCCAGACCAGGCUAUAUUAACUCAUGUGGUUCUCUUGUCAAUAACCACAAUACAGAAAGAAUGUAUAGCUAGAUAAUGUAUCCACAAAUGGUUCUUUUUUUCUUUUUCUCAUCUCAAGCUAUGGAUCAUUCUUUCAGUCCAAAUUUUGUAAUUUUUUGAAUACUUAUGUAUUAAAAGUGUGAUGAAUUCUGUAAAAAGAUAA